CCAGCCCGUACUGAGCCAUGGCGGAAGUGAGCAGACGUCAGCAUGCUCGGGUUAAAGGAGCAGCCCCCCCGGAGUCCCCUGCACACAGGGAUGAGGCUGUGGGGAUGGCGGCCGAAACGGUGAGCGUCUUCCUCAAGCUGCUGGCAGCCGGCUUCUACGGCCUCAGCUCCUUCCUGAUCGUGGUGGUGAACAAGAGUGUGCUGAGCAAUCGCAGGUUCCCGUCCUCGCUAUGUGUUGGUCUUGGCCAGAUGCUGGCGACUGUGGUCGUGCUCUGGGUGGGAAAGGCGCUGAGGGUGGUGAAUUAUCCGGACUUAGACAGGCACAUCCCUCGAAAGACUUUUCCACUACCUCUCCUGUAUUUUGGGAAUCAAAUCACAGGAUUGUUCAGCACAAAGAGGCUAAACCUCCCCAUGUUCACAGUUCUCCGCCGUUUCUCAAUCUUGUUUACAAUGAUGGCUGAGGGCUUUUUGCUCAAGAAGAAGUUUUCUCGCAGUAUUCAGAUGACCGUAUUUUCUAUGAUAAUAGGGGCAUUUAUCGCUGCCAGGAAAGAACUUGGAAAGUACGGCUUGCUGUAUUACAAUGCAUUGUUCAUGAUCGUUCCCACGUUGGCCAUUGCUUUUAUGACUGGGGAUGUCCAGAAGGCUUUGGAAUAUGAAGGUUGGACGGACAUGUUCUUUGUAUUUGAGUUUACACUUUCCUGUAUAAUGGGGUUUAUUUUAAUGUACUCCACAGUUCUUUGCACCCAUUAUAAUUCUGCUCUGACGACCACAAUCGUAGGUUGCAUAAAGAAUAUCCUAAUCACGUACAUCGGAAUGUUCUUUGGAGGGGAUUACAUAUUCUCAUGGACAAACUUCCUGGGGUUAAACAUCAGCAUUGCCGGCAGCUUGGUUUACUCGUACAUCACAUUCACAGAAGAGCGAAAGAACAAACAGUCGGAAUCCAUCAGCAAACUGGAGAACAAGGGGAAGAGCGCGGUGUGAGCGCCUUCCGCCUCCUCAUUGUGAGCGCCGCGUGUCUAGCACAUCAUGGACGUGCCCGCCAAGCUAUUGCUAAUUUGCACAAAUCAAUUGAAAUAAUACUUUUUAUAUAUUUUAGAUAAUUGUUUUUAGCGACAACUUAUUUAAUUCCAAAAGCUGUAACGGUAUUUUU